GGGGCCUGCAGGAUUCCUCCGGCAGGUGGCGCUGGUCGGCCCCGCACACGUCUCACCUUACCCGCCAUGGUCGAUGGGGGGCAGCCUGGAGCUCGUGCGGAAGCCGAUCGGCAUUUCCGGUGCUCAGCGGGGCGGCCAUUUUUUUUUUUUUUCCCCUGCCUGUAGAGCGGCGGAGGCAGAGCCCGGGGGAGAGCGGUGAGGGAGGGUCACCGGCAGAGAGCGGAGAUACCCGAACAAGUACAAAGUUAAGCCGACAGACACUGCCACCUAAUGCCAUGAAUGACCACAUGGAGAAGAAGGCCGUACACUCCUGGUCACGUUUCUCCUCUGCUGGGAAAAGCGCCCUCGAGGAAGCUUUAAGGGUCUUCAACCCAAUGUCCAAAGACCUGACCGACACCGAGACACAGCUGGUGACAUUUCUUCAAGGACUCCGGGAAGAAGGCUACCAGCCUACCGUUUUGAGCAGCAAAGAUGUAUACGGAUACAACUCAACCACUGCAAAUACACCACCCCUAAAAACAAAAGGCCCAUCGAAAACCACUCCUGCGGUGUCAUCUUCUAAAACACAGACCAAAAACCAAAAUGGCAGGGUGUCCAACUCUCCCGUGGAUAUUUCUGUCAAAGCUACUAAAAUUUCAUCCAGACCCUCUGCCAGAAAGUCUGCAAAUUUACUGUUGAGCUCCCUGAAAAAAACAGACUUAAAAAAAUCCAAAGUUUCCCCCGUCGAUUUUCCCUCCAACAUGUAUCCCGGAGUUUAUCCUGCCAUGAGACUGUCCGUUGUGUUGGAAGCGAUAGUUCCAAUUAAAUCAGCGGCUUCCUCCAUCGAAGCCAGCCUUAGGCCACGACCCGCAUCGAAAGCCAGCUCUAAGGGAAAAAACAACCAAGCCUACCAGUGUUUAUUAAAACAGACAUCUCCUCCCAAUGGGACAGUUUUAAAUGGAGCCAAUGGAAGGAUCCUAAAGGAGAAUAACGCUUGCAAUACCUUGGGGGUCUUGAAUGGGAGAAUCUUGGUCAGCUCUCCUUCCCGUUUCAACGGGAUGACCCACACCAAACAGAACACUAAGCUGCAGGUGGAUGUCAUCUUUAAAGAUGAAAAGUGCCAACAGGCUGGCAAGGACAAGAAACGGAAACAGGCCGAGGCUUUCCAGGAACCGUUGCCUAACAAAAAAAUAAAAAUUUUCAUUCCGUUGGCCAAAAAGCCGACACUUGAUAAAGACAAAUACAACUUGCUGAAGUCUAAAGUUAUUAAAGUAGACAAAGCAUCCUCUGAUGAAGAUGUACGGAGGAAAGCACAGCAGAUGCUAAAGGUCAACUUAUCUCCCGUACUCCGAAUCCAGCCCCUUUUACUCAACAUCCAAUAAAGUGUGUUUCUUUGCUUCUUUUCUUUUGUGUUUUUUUUUUUUUUUUUUCAAUAGACUACGGUUUUAAUUGUACGCCACACUUUGGAGCUUCGCAAUUUUUUUUGUGAACUCUGAGAACGAAAGCUGCUGGCUGCCCAAAUUUCUGAAUAUUCCCCCUCCCCUCCGAAUCUUCUGUGGCUUUUUUUUGUCACUUUAUUUCUACAGUAUACGUGUGUGUGGUGCAAAUGAACACACAGCCAUGUCUUAGGAAUGACUGGGGAUGAACAUAAUGGAAAGCAGGGCGUGGAAGUCUUGGUUUUGCGAUCAUGGCGCGUUUUUGAUACAUGAAAAUAUGUACAUGUUGUGCAAUAGUUUUGAGGACUUUUUUUUUUUUUUCCUAAGGUAUAUGCACUGUGAUUUUCUUGCUUCUCUGUACAAGUUGUUACUUUUGCUAUUUUAUUUAAUUGACUAGGGACUGUUGUAUGAACAUGUUUUACAAUGUACCAGUGUAGGCCUAACAACGACUGGGUGACUUUGUUAAAGUUAAAUUCCAAAUAUAGCUGUGGAGCCCAGAUUAGUCUGAAUAGGAAUUUUGGGGCAAGAUGAAGAUGUUCUUUGACUUGCGAGGCUUAGUCUGGUACUGCUGUAUUUGACAAUUAAAGAGAUUCUUCCUGUUAUUUGGGUAAA